GUGUUAGAGUUAUCUUGUUGAUGGUACUUUGGUAUUCAGUUGUUUGUGUGGGUGUCUGGGAGGGUUGUGCACAAAGAAAUCUUGACUUUGGAUUUUAUCACACCAGGCAGUGAUAAGGGAAGACAAGCUGAGUGUUUCCUCUGUAUCUCUCUCACCUCACACUCCCUUUCACUCUCCCAGCCCACUUUCUGUCUCACCUUGGAAAGCUGUGGAGAGGAAAUACAUGGUGCAGAGGUCUGAGAGGGAGUGUGGUAAUAGGUCUCUUGUGAAUGUAAUGAGCCGUACCAGUGUAAUAAGACAUGGGGAUGAGCAAUGUGACGAAACACAAGGCAUACUGCCAGGGUGAUAUCAGGAAAGUUCAGUUUAGUACUAUUGUUAUAGCCAGUGACGUAUAAGGCUGACUGUUAAUUGUUGCGACCAAACCGUCACAAAGGUGUGACCUGUUUAAAUAGUUUCGUAGUGCCUCACCAUGGAAGCUCAGCACUAAAAGGGGAGUAUUAGGGAGUGAGGGAAAAAUGAAAAAGCUCCUCACUAGUUUCUGCAGUACCUCUGUGGAGUUAAGCUGUCAUCGUUUUGAAAAAGGUUUAGUUGGAGAGCCUUUGUUGGUCAAUACAAGAGGAAAGUGAUAUGUGGGUGUGUACUCUCAGGUUAAUGACUAAUGGAGUGCACCGGGGACAAAGUCCACACAAGCAGCAAAGAGCCAGAAACCAACCGGAGUGUAAUCUGUGUCCCUGGGUUGACGUCAGGGCUGCGUGCUGCUGAGUGUUGAGGUGUUCUUUGUUUGAUUUAAGGAAAGAGUAGUUUUAUCUUUACCUGGCUUUUGGUCAUACUUUAGCUGUCCUUCCACCCUGCUUCUUUGAACCUGCUAUUUUUACAGAACACCAACAGUACAAACAUACCUCUGCUAAAUCCUGAAAACACAGCAAAAUCCCUUUUGUUGUUUAGAGCAUGAGCGCACCAUCUUCAGGUCGGAAGACCCCGGUGGACCACGGUGUCCAGAUCCGCUUCAUCAAUGACCUCUAUGACGGUGGGGGGGGUCAGCCAGCGCCCCAGCCCAAGGCCAAGAACACCACCUCCAAAUAUGGCGUGGCGGUCAGAGUGCAGGGUAUCGCCGGCCAGCCGUACGUGGUCCUGAAGGACGGACAGAAGGGAGACUCGUACGGGGUCCAGCUCAGGACCCAGUACCACUCUGGCUACAGUAGCCUUCCCCGGAGGAGGGAUGACGCAGAGCCAGGGACACAGGUAGGUGAUGUAGGGGGGGAAGGAGGAGUGCAGGGAGGGGCACUACGCCGAGCCCAGUCCCACGGGUCUCUGCUGGACAGGGACGGAGAGGGAAAUGAGGAUUAUCCCCUGCCUAGACCACCAGGGGACGGGAAGUCUGGCAGUUAUGGGAAUCUGGAUGGAGGAAUUGGAGUGAGGGGGGAGAGAGAGCAGGGUCGCCGUGUGGGAGGUAGAGAGGGGGAGAAUAAUAUGUGGGACGGUUCGAACAUAGCAGGGCACAACGGGGCAGUGAGGGGUGGUCAGUCCUACCCUGACCCUCCUCAACAAACCAAUCAGAGACUGACUCCGGUCAACAGACUCAUCAACAGGUUUGAUGGACAACAGAGAGGACCCCCUGCUGAACAGGAUCCCAGAGCUACCUCUCCUCUCCUCACCCCCAACCCCUACACCUCCCCCUCGUCCUCAUCUAACAGCAGCCCGGGACGCAACCAGGCCUCCACCCUCCCGGGACCCUCAGCUGACCAGUGGACCCCGCAGCCCAUCUCUGAGGCACACGUGACCCCUGACCUUUUGCUGGACCAGGGUCAGAGUGCAGAGACCGGUGAGGAGGAGCAGAUCAUGCAGACUAUAUACAACAUCCUGAGACAAGGGACCAGCGAGAGUGAUGUUGUCAUCAAGCACAAAGUCAAGGUCAUCUUUCAGAAGAUUCAGAAUCUAAAGCAGCCUAUUGGAGGAAGACACCAGGAAGAGUGGAUGAGAGAAAAGAGCGAGCUUGAAAGAAAGAUUGCUGAACUACAAUCUGCCCUGCAGGCGGAAAGAAGGGACUCUAUCUGCAACUCUGAUCCUGCUCUGAAAGCUGAGCUGGAGUCCUGUCUGGAUGAAAAUCUGGCACUGCAGGAGAUGCUCGACCGGAAGAAGAAAGAAUUAAACGAAACCCAAUCAGAGCUGACUCAGCUGCGUAUGGACAGAGAGAACGCAGAGGCUCGGGCCAGAGACAUGGAGGACCAGCUGGCUGAGCUUCAGGAUGAACUGCGAAGGGAGGGUGGCAGCAAGACGGAUCUGAUGUCAAGUCAGACGCAGCUGAUGGAGGUGUGUCAGCUGAAACAGAAGCUGGAGGAGGUGCUGAGACAGAGAGAGAGGGAGCUCACGGCUCUCAAAGGAGCUCUGAAGGAAGAGGUGGCGUCACAUGACAAAGAGGUGGAGGUGCUGCGAGAGCAGUACAGCACCGACAUGGAGAAGCUCCGCAGCAGCAUGGAGCAGGUGUCUCAGUCCCAUGCAGGGAUCGAGUCGGAGCGGCUGCGAGUGAAUGUGUCGAUCCGCUCCCUGCAGCAGCAGCUGGAAGAUUGCAGAGACGAGAGCAGCCACUGGAUGGAGCAGUUCCACGCCACCAGAGACGAACUGCGAACAACCAAACAAGAGCUCCUGCAAAUCCGUCUGGAAAAAGAAGAGUUUGAGGAGGAACUGAAGGAGGUCCAGGACAAAGUGAGCACCAUGAAACCGCAGAAACCAGACACUGGCCACACACAGACUCUCAGCCAGGAACUUCAGCGACACAAGGACGAUCUACAGAAGGCUAAGUCUGAGGUGGAGAAGCAGAGGACGGCGCAUGACAAGAAGGUCAUGGAGGUCAUCUCAAUAAAAAAGUCUCACCAGGGACAGGAGGCAGAACUGAAGUACGAGAUUGACAGGCUGAAGGACCAAUUACAGAAAGCCAGAGAGGAUGUCGCCAAGGCACAGGAGAAAAACAAAAAGCUCCCAGACCCAGCAGUCAUCUCAGACCUGGAGCAGAACCUCAGUGAGACUCGUGGGGAAGCCAGCCAGCUCAAAGAGAAGCUCUCAUCAGCCGAGGAGGAGGUGGAGGCCAGUAAAACUCGUCUCACUAGAGCUCAGGCGGAGGUCAAAUCGCUCGGAGAUGCUCAGCUGGAGCAGGAGGAGGCCAACACGCGUCUCAAAGAGAAACUCUCACGGUUGGAGGCUCAGCUGCAGAACAACGCCUCAGAGAGCUCAGAGGCAGAGAUCGCCCUGCACUCUGAGGUGAGAGGGUUGAGGUCUGAGCUAGAUGAGGCCAACAGAAAAUCAUCCAGACUGAGCCAGGAGACCCGAGAACUCGUCCUUCAUGUGGAAGACACGGAGAAAGACAAGGAGACACUGAAACAGACCUUCAGCCAGCUGGAAGAGACCAAACGACAGCAGGAAAGAGCUCUGGAGAAACUCAACAGAGAGUAUGAGACGCUCACAGUGUCCUCAAAAGAGGAGGCGCAGAUACUCCGGGUUCAGCUGGAGGAGCAGAGAGAGAAGGCACGCAAGGAGGUGCAGGAGACGCAACGUCACGGGAAAGAUGCUCAGAGUGAACUGGAAAGAAGUCAAAUACAUCUGAGGAGACUGGAGGAAGAGAUUUCACGACAGAAGAAGGAGCUUCUUCUCACAUGUGAGGAGAGAGACAACCACCAGCUGGAUAAAGAGCUUCUGAGCAACAGACUGCGCCACCUCGAGGGAGAGAUGGAGGCCGGCAAAAACGCCCAAAAUGAGAAAAUCCGGGAGAAUCGAAUCAUGGAAGACAAGCUGAAGCGUGUGGAGCUGGAGCUGGAGGAGGAGAGGAGCAGCGCGGAGAUGAUGACGGACCGAGUGGCCCGGAGCAGAGAUCAGAUCGAUCAGCUGCGCUCAGAGCUCAUGCAGGAGAGAUCCUCCAAGCAGGACCUGGAGCUGGACAAGAACACCAUGGAGAGACACCUGAAGGAGCUGAGGAGUCGUGUGGCGGACAUGGAGGGCCAGUCUCGCUCCUCAGCAGGAGUCUCUCAGCUGGAGAGCAAGAUCCAGGAGCUGGAGGAGCAGCAGAGGGCUGAGGAGAGGGAGAAGAACUCUGUUGUGGCGUCUCAGCGGCGUCUGGAGCGGAAACUGAAAGAUCUGAACAUGACGCUGGACGAGGAUAAACAAACACACACUGAACAGAGAGACCAGCUGGCUCUGAGAGUGAAAGCUCUGAAGAGGCAGGUGGACGAAGGAGAGACGGAGCUGGAGAGGAUAGACGGGCUGAGGAGGAAGGCCCAGAGAGACAUGGAGGAGCAGAUGGAGCUCAAAGAGGCGCUGCAGACCAGAGUCACAGCCCUGGAAACUGAGCUCAAGAGGAAGGCUCAGGCAGCAAUGCGCCCCGCUUUGGAUUCAUCGGCUCUCAGUUCAGACGACGACGACAGCCUGUACGACCGCUCCUCCAUCACCUCCAUCCUCACUGAGGGAAACCUCCAGACCAGCUCCUGCUAAAACACCACUUCAGGGACAGGGUGAGGGUGGGAAAAUGUAGCACUGAUGAGGAAAAAAGUGGAGGUUAGCUGCUUUGUAGACGUUAAAAAGGCAGAAUGGCAAACACUACAGACAAAGAGGGAGGGCUGCCUGGUACUUACAUUACAUUUUAGAGGUUAGUAGGGGACUCAUUUUCCACACCAGAGUGAAUGGGAGGAAACUCAACAUCCUCUGCAUUUCAGAGUAUUUCCUUCAGUCUACAAUGUACACUGUACUCCCUGUACAACUCAAGGAUACAUAAAUCGAACAAAUUAAUCGCCUGGAUUGCAAGUAGAGAAUUCUUUUUUUUAAAACAAGCAAAUACCUCUUGCAUUUUUAAAUACAAAUUCAGUAUGUCAAACCAUUUCAGGGUUUAGAUUCUGGGUCAAGCACUUACUGUACGAAGUCUGGCUUUGAAUGAACAAUCAAAAGUACUCUCAUCAUCUCUGAACACACACAGUCUGUGCCCAGCGUACACACAUAUUGACCAAACACUAAACACAUGAUCGCCACGUUGUUGAAAGAAAAACUAAAAGAAAUAUAAUUAUAUAUUUAUUCUCACGCUGGUUUAUUUUCCUGACCAAAUCUAAUGGUUUAGUACUGAGAAAUAUUUGUAUUAAAUGAAAUCCUGAGUUUGUUUAUAUAGAACAAAAUAUAAUUUCACACUUUGUUUUGAAUAUGUCACUUCUUUGUUUAUUCCACCAUCCAGACUUUAAAUACUAUAAAUGUGAUCAAAAGCUCUUGUUGUUCAAAUGGUUUUGAAUAGUUGUGUCCUUUCUUUUAUACUGUAACACUGUAAAGCAGUUUAAUGAUAGAGCUGCAACAGAUGUUUUCUUUUAUGAUUAUAACUUUAAGUACAGAGGGCUCCUUUGUAAGAAUAUCUCAUAAAAUAAAAUAAUAGUUUUUCCACUUUUUUCAAGCAAAAAUAAUGGCCAAAAUAUCUUUCUGUCCGAUAAAAACUUUGUGUUUUUGUAGAAGCUGCACAAUUUCUAUGCAUUUCCAUACAGCAAGUUGCUGAAAUAUACGCUCAUCAUUUCAUUACGAUGCCUUCAAAUUGUUGAAAAUAAUUUUGUAUGUUAUCCGAAUGAUUUUUAUAAAAUGUUUGUAUUUAA